CAACCUACUCACCGCUUGUGUGUAUUUCCUUGUACACGCUUUGCUGUCUCUUGACAGGAAGUUAACCCAAAUGAUCUUACACCAGAUUUCCCGAAGAGGACUUUUAUGCUCACGCUUGUAUGCUCAUUUGAGGAAACCUAGCCACGAGAUGACCAGACCUAGUUCAGAUUUGGCAGCCUUCAGGGAGAUUUUCUCCAAGUCUAAGAAUAUCGCCAUUAUCACCGGAGCAGGUGUCAGUGCUGAGAGUGGAGUGCCCACCUUCAGAGGAGCUGGAGGAUUUUGGAGAACAUGGCAAGCACAGGACCUUGCAACCCCAGAAGCCUUCUCGCGAAAUCCCUCUCGUGUCUGGGAGUUUUAUCACUACAGACGAGAGGUCAUGCUCACUAAAAACCCCAACCCCGCACACCUGGCCAUCGCUGAGUGUGAGGCGAGACUGAGCAAACAGGGACGCCAAGUCACUGUCAUCACUCAGAACAUAGACGAGCUCCAUCGCAGAGCUGGGUCCAAGAAUGUCCUAGAAAUACAUGGAAGCCUGUUCAGAACUCGUUGUUUGACUUGCGGCCAUGAAACAACCAAUUACCAAAGCCCCAUCUGUGCUGCCUUGGAGGGCAAAGGCGCUCCUGACCCUGACACACAAGAUGCACAGAUCCCUGUAGAUCAACUGCCAAGAUGUGAACAGAAAGGUUGUCAUGGCCUCUUGAGACCAGCAGUGGUGUGGUUUGGGGAGACUCUGGACUCGCGGAUCCUCACACAAGUAGAGAAAGUUAUGGACAACUGUGAUCUGUGUCUUGUGGUUGGUACGUCUUCUGUAGUGUACCCAGCAGCCAUGUUUGCUCCUCACGCUGCAGCGUCAGGGAUCCCUGUGGCUGAAUUUAACAUGGAAGACACUCCAGCUACAAUGAGCUUCAAGUUCCAAUUCUGCGGCCCCUGUGGGACCACCUUGCCCCUUGCAUUGGCCCGCCACGAGACAGAACCACAGUGAAAAUUUAGGGCUGUAGACAAUGGUACAAAACACUACAAAGAUUUGCUGUUUUUUUUAUAUAUAUAGAAUUAAAAAACGCGCACACGUAAAAAAACAUGGGAAAAUAUGCAAUUCAUGGCACGAUUAUAUAUAGUGUAGUGUACAGUAAAAACUUAAAUGAAUGAUCAGGGAAUAUUAUGUCUUAUAAACUUAAAUUGACUUAUGCUAAAACAAGCUAGUUUAUGUAGCUCUUUAUUUAUAUUCUUGAAGAACAAUUUUGUGCAAGACCUGCUUAUGGAGUAAUACAUUACACUAGGGGGCAGUAUUUGGCUACUUGUGUAAGUCUCAUAGUUGUAGAGUAGAAAUAGGCUGUUAUGAAAUCUCUGGGCUCUGCAUGUGACAGUUGUCUGAUUUUAUAGACAGGUAUAAAUACUUGAUUGUUUUCUCUGAUCUCUGGUGGUACAUGAAGGUCCGUGGCUGUUUUACAAUGGCAUUAGGUUUGUAAACCCUUUGAAUUAAAUACAUGCAGUGUGGUCA